AUGUCGACACUUGAGGACCUCGACGACCUUGAGCGCGAAAACAGAGACAAGAAGCAAGACCAAGAUGGCGACGACAAGAAGCUCGGCGGCGAUGAUGAUGCCGACAUGGAAGACGCCGACAAGAAGGAGGAUGAGGAGGAGCUCUUAGACGAGGAAAUCUUGCACUCAAGCACGGCAGACAUCGUCAAGCGACGGCGGAUGUUGGAGAAUGAGAUGCGGAUUAUGAAGAGCGAGUUUCAACGCUUGACACACGAACAAAGUACAAUGAGGGAGAAGGUUAAGGAUAACCAAGAAAAGAUUGAGAACAAUAGACAACUACCAUAUCUCGUUGGAAAUGUUGUCGAGUUAUUGGAUCUCGAUGUAGAGGCUGAUGCAGCAGAGGAAGGGGCCAAUAUCGACCUGGAUGCCACCCGCGUAGGUAAAUCCGCUGUCAUCAAGACCUCGACUCGCCAGACUAUCUUCCUCCCCCUUAUCGGCUUGGUGGAUCACGAGAAGCUGAAGCCCGGUGAUUUGAUCGGUGUCAAUAAGGACUCAUAUCUUAUCCUGGAUACACUGCCAGCUGAGUAUGAUAACCGUGUCAAGGCGAUGGAGGUGGACGAGAAGCCAACGGAGAAGUACACGGAUAUCGGUGGUCUUGAUAAGCAGAUCGAAGAGAUUGUGGAGGCUAUUGUAUGGCCGAUGAAGGAAGCAGAACGUUUCAAGAAGAUCGGCAUCAAGGCUCCAAAGGGUGCUUUGAUGUACGGACCCCCCGGAACUGGUAAAACCCUCCUUGCCCGAGCUUGUGCCGCCGAAACAAACGCCACAUUCCUGAAGCUUGCCGGUCCACAACUGGUCCAGAUGUUCAUCGGUGACGGUGCCAAGCUGGUGCGCGACUGCUUCGCCCUAGCCAAGGAGAAGGCCCCGUCAAUUAUCUUCAUUGACGAGCUGGACGCCGUCGGCACAAAGCGUUUCGACUCCGAGAAGUCCGGUGACCGUGAAGUACAGCGUACUAUGCUGGAACUUCUGAACCAACUGGACGGGUUCGCCUCAGACGACCGUAUCAAGGUUCUAGCCGCGACUAACCGAGUUGAUGUGCUUGAUCCCGCUCUGCUUCGUUCCGGCCGUCUUGAUCGCAAGAUCGAAUUCCCCUUGCCUAACGAGGAAGCUCGUGCCAACAUCUUGCAGAUCCACUCGCGGAAAAUGUCAGUUGAGGACAGUGUCAACUGGGCUGAAUUGGCUCGUAGCACAGACGAGUUUGGUGGUGCGCAGCUGAAGGCUGUCUGUGUUGAGGCUGGUAUGAUCGCUUUGCGAAAGGGUUUGAGCAAGAUUGGGCAUGAGAACUACGUUGAUGCUAUCGCUGAAGUUCAGGCCAAGAAGAAGGAUAUCAACAUGGGCAUCUAUGUCUAG